AUGCAACAUUUUAGUGGAGUUCGUGAUGGUUUCUCUGCACGCAAAGCUCAACGGGACACUGCACAAGUACAAACACCCGGUUCCCCACAAGGCAGUGAAAUCGAUGCUACCGAAGUAGCUGCUUGUGCCCAGUCGCUGUCGUUCAAGUACUCUAACUUCGCUGGCUUCUCCAUCACAAGCGCCGCUACUGAUCUGGCGACUCUCAUCUCCAAAUACACGAAUGGCGCGACCACAAUCGUGUUCGGGGUGAGCUACGGCACGGCGUUGGUUGAGCGCCUCAUGCAUCUGGACCCUCCCGAGGUUGUCGGGUACGUGAUGGACGGCAUUUCCUACGUGUCAGGAGUAUCGGAGGACGAGUUCGCAUACUUUUCAACGGAUGAGACCGCUUUCGGUGAGGUGGGGGAGCACUUCUUGGCAGAGGUUCGCCAAUACCUCUGUAGCUCCCAUUUUUCGAGGCACAAUUUGCCCACCACGCUUGGAAACGUCCUGGAUCAAUUCGACAAAAACCCAAACGCCACAUGUGCUGCGCUGGUGAACAGUAAAACUAGCGAAUGGAGCAACUUAGAGCCGUCUUUCAAGCUACGGGAGGCUCUGGGGUAUAUAUUGACAAGUCCGAAGCAGCGAUCUCUGAUUCCACCGCUUGUUUACCGACUGAGUCGCUGUGCGUCUGAGGAUAUCGAUGUCAUCAACAACUUCUUCGACGUGUUGAACGAUGACCGCAACUACAUGGGCCAGAGCGACCCGUACUACUCGAAUCUGCUGUUCUACGUCAUUGCGUUCUCCGAGAUGUGGGAGAUUCCAGGACCGUCGGUUGAUGAGAUGAACGCACGGGUUGCCAGCACGAAGCUGUCGGAUGGAUCCGUGUACAAGCAAGCUUCGGUGUAUUAUGCCUUCUCGAAGGAGAAGUCCCAGUGGUGCAAUGAUUUGGGCGUGGGAAACUACGACGCAAACGCGAUCAUGUACGAGCACGACCAAUACUGGAACAAGACCGUCGCAAUUCCCAGUCACGCCAGCGUGCUACUAUUGAGCAGUAAAAUGGACGCCAAGACGCCCCACAAAUACGCCGAGUAUCUGUUGGAUGCGCUUGAAGGGGACAACAAGGAAUUGGUCACGUUUAACUACACCGUGCACGGAUCGGUUGUCUGGACAUUCCUCGUUGACAAUGACUACUCGAGUAAAACGUGCGGCAUGGAGAUCUUCGAGUCAUUCAUCAAUAAUGCAGGAGACUUGAAGCGACUGGAAAAGUCUUGUCUGGAGAAGAUGCCGCCGCUCAAUUUGACACCGCCAACCUACGAGCAGUACACUUUCUUGGGUACGGCGGACGCCUAUGAAGGUGGCUACAACUCGAGCUUGCGUCACAUGUGGGGAUAA